CCAACAGCCACUUGUAAACCGGCCUAACCAUCCUUAUCACAUAGACCCAGCUCCCUCUGUAAAUAAACUGUCACCUGCCCGCGACACUUUAACAACCUCGACAACUUAACACUUACGCAGCGAAAAAUCUGGAACAGGCAAGGCAUGGCGUCAGUUAUUCUGAAGCGUAGCAGACCCUCUGUUUUAAGGUCAAUAGGAGAUGGGAUUCGCAUGGGAGUGUUAUCAAGAGCAUAUGCGUCGGUUGCAGUUGGUUCUGACAUAGUCUCCGCCGCACCCGAUGUUUCUCUCCAGAAAGCUCGAACCUGGGACGAGGGUGUCUCUUCGAAGUUCUCCACCACCCCUCUUAAAGACAUUUUCAAGGGCAAGAAAGUGGUCAUUUUUGGGCUCCCUGGUGCAUACACUGGAGUUUGUUCCCAUCAACAUGUGCCUAGUUACAAGAAUAAUAUUGAUAAGUUCAAGGCUAAAGGGGUCGAUUCGAUAGUUUGUGUGGCUGUCAAUGAUCCAUACGUUUUAAAUGCCUGGGCGGAAAAUCUUAAAGCCAAAGAUGCUAUUGAAUUUUAUGGUGACUUUGAUGGAAGCUUUCACAAGAGCUUGGACUUGGGAAAAGAUCUCUCUGCUGCUUUGCUUGGGCCUCGUUCUGAAAGAUGGUCAGCAUAUGUAGAUGAUGGAAAGAUCAAGGCUUUUAAUGUAGAGGAAGCCCCAUCUGACGUGAAGGUUUCUGGUGCUGAGGUCAUUUUGGGACAGAUAUAAUGUUCUAGUUCAAUAUGCAGUCAAAAUAGGCACUUGUAUCCUAUCAAUAUCCUUUCUUGCUUUUAGGAGAAAAGGAGAUAGGCCGGUGUAACUAUUGCAUGUGUGCCUAUUCCACUGUUAUGUGUUCUCUUACUUCUGCUAAUCCUUCUUCAGAAAUAAGUUGUCUUUACCGGCAUCCUGAUUAAGUUCAUGGUUAAAACAGCAUGUGAAUUUUGUAUAUCUGGUUGAAAGCAUUGCACUCUGGUUAAUGCUUUCUAUAUCUUUA